AUGGAAAGUUCAUCUGAGAAACCUCUCGUUCUUGUAACUGGAGCCUCUGGAUAUAUUGGAUCUUGGUGCAUUGCUAAACUCCUUGAUACUGACAAGUACAGGGUCAGAGGCACUGUGAGAGACCACACAGAUAAAAGCAGAAUGGAAAUUCUUCAGAAAGGAUUUGGAGACUACUUCGAUCAGAUCGAAUUUGUAUCAGCAAAUUUGCAAGAUGAAGAUUCAAUGAAGAGUGCAAUUGAAGGAGCGAAGUAUGUUCUUCAUGUUGCGUCACCAUUUCCACUUAAUUCUCCAAAAGAUGGAGAGAAGGAAGUCAUCCAACCUGCCAUCGACGGAAAUAGACAUAUGUUGAAUGCAUGUGUAGGAUCUGAUGUUAAAAAGCUCAUUAUUACCUCUUCUUGUGUAGCAGUUCAAGAUUUUUGGGAAAAUCCUGAUAAAGUUUCUAAUCACAAAACUUUUGUAAAAGAGCGUAAAGAUCAUACCCCAUAUUACAAGAGCAAGAUCAGAGCUGAAAGAUAUACUUAUGAUUUUCUAGAUAACUUGAAACCUUCUGAGCGGACCUUCGAAGUAAUGAUGAUUAAUCCUUCCUUUGUCACUGGAAAAGCCUUGUUACCUCGUGCUGAAGGAACCUCUCUGUCAUUAAUCAAGAAUGUUCUUGAAAAUAAAUUGCCAGGAGUUCCUCAAAAGUACUUUGCUAAUGUUGAUGUCCAAGAUGUAGCCCAAGCUCAUGUCAAUGCCAUUGAGAAAGGCAAGGACGGAGGAAGAUACCCACUUGCUAAUGGAAAUUACAAGUUUCUGGAGCUCAUGCUAGUUAUUUCAGAAGAAUACAGUGAUCAAGGCUACAAAAUUCUGAACAAAGAAAUAAGUAAAAUCCUUGCAUGGAUUGUCAGUUUCUUUAACAAAGAUGUCGCCUUCUUUCUUACUUGCUGGAACAUCAAAGCUGAAGUCGAUGGUUCCUUUGCUGCUGAAGAACUAGGAAUAGAAUAUAAAUCAAUGAAAGAGAGUGUCUUGGAAGCAUGUAAAUCACUAAUCGAAUUUGAUUUAGUAGCAAAACCUUAA